AACCCUAAACCCUGUCAUCAUCUUCUUCCGGUCAUUUCCUACUCUCUUUCAGCAGCUCAGCGUCCUCGCCGUGGCCUCUCUCCGGUUCUGUGCCGCCGUUGCCGUGUUUUUCCGCUCGUGCCACCGCAUCAUCCGUCUCUUAGAGAGUUUGAGCUGAUUUUCUACUCUCUUGCUGUUUCCGGUUAAGCUACUAGCAGACGAGUGUUCUUGUUUAAAUUGUUGUUUGGUUGCGAAAUGACUAAUACUCGUAUGUUACAGCAUCAAGGGAGAAGAGAGCUGAUGGUGGAAGUAUGGUGGUCGAUAUUGGGGGCAGCUAUUCCAGCAGUAGUUGCAGGACAAGCAUACAGAAUGAGGAGGAGGCAUUCUGAGGAGCAGAAAGUAAAGACUGCUAGGGGAAGGGAGAAGAAUCCAGAUGACAUUUUUGUCUGUGAGAGGGUCUGCACAUCAAAGAGAAUGUUGAAAAAGGUAGGCUCAUUCUCGAAAGACCCAAUUCCCGAUACUUGCGUGACUGUAUGUGGAUUAUCUGAACUCGAUGCCUGCACGGAUGCAUGUGCUCGCACUGUCUGUGUGAACCAGCAUCAAGUACCAAACUGGAACGACAUUUGUCUUAGGAGAUGCCAGAGUGAAUGUCUUAAGCUUUCUGCUUCACAUUCAUCUUAGUGAAUAUGGCAUGAUGUGUGUAAAUAAUGCGGUCUUUCCAUGCAUACCCUGUAUUGCAUUUUGAGUUGUGAAACAUUGGCCUAUAACUGUUGGCUUUCUGGAAGAUGUUAUGAAAUGUUUUUCUCAAUUUACCAAGUUCCUCUUGUUAUAAUACAGUGUUGCUUCUUUAA